AUGUCUGGUUUAUACAAUAACUCCUCUUACUUCUCUCCUGCUCGAGCUGCUUCUCCUCAGAUUAGAAGCACUCCUGAGAUCGACAGCUCUCAGUACUUGUCGGAGCUUCUCGCCGAACAUCAAAAGCUUACUCCUUUUAUGCAGGUCUUACCGAUAUGCAGCCGCUUGUUGAAUCAAGAGAUGUUCAGGGUAUCUGGAAUGAUGUCUAACCAAGGAUUUGGCGAUUUUGAUAGACUUCGACACAGAAGUCCCAGCCCUAUGGCUUCUUCUAAUCUUAUGUCUAAUGUCUCUAAUCCCGGGUUAGGCGGAUGGAACGGCCUCUCUCAGGAGAGACUUGGUGGAACACCUGGAAUGACAAUGGAUUGGCAAGGUGCACCCGGAAGCCCCAGUUCGUACACUGUGAAAAGGAUUUUGCGAUUGGAGAUUCCAGUAGAUAGCUAUCCUAAUUUUAAUUUUGUUGGACGGCUUCUCGGUCCUAGAGGCAAUUCGUUAAAACGUGUUGAAGCUACGACGGGUUGCCGUGUGUUCAUCAGAGGGAAAGGGUCAAUCAAGGAUCCCGAAAAGGAAGAUAAGCUAAGGGGAAGACCGGGAUACGAACACCUGAAUGAGCAGCUUCACAUCUUAAUAGAAGCAGACCUUCCAGCGAGUAUUGUGGAGAUACGUCUGCGACAAGCUCAAGAAAUCAUAGAAGAGCUACUAAAGCCUGUGGACGAGUCUCAAGAUUUCAUAAAGAGACAGCAGCUGAGGGAACUGGCGUUGCUAAACUCGAACAACCUGAGGGAAGAGAGUCCAGGGCCAAGCGGCGGUGGAAGCGUUUCGCCUUUCAAUUCAAGUGGUAAACGUCCGAAAACAGGAUGCUAA